CGCGGCCGGGGAGAGCUCCGAUUCGGCAUUCUCGAUCCGCACCUGGACCGUGCGGACACGUAGGGACGCUUGCACCUACCAACGUUCCUAAUAGAUGCGUACGUUUAUAUAUGUAUAAUAGAAAGCCACCACGUGAGCCCUGGCAUUACCCAAACGCCAUAGUCGCGGGAACCAGGGAAGACAGCCUCGAGAAACAACCAGAAGCAUAGACGACAGGGAACCGGAGGACGCAGAGAGACGGGAUGGACGGAUUCUUCGGAUCGUUCGGCUAACAUAUACACCGACGGAAGUGGCGGCGGUGUCAGUGGCGUCGACGACGGCGGCACAGGGGGACCUUUCCCUCUGGCAGAAGGCUCCACCCACACGCCAGCAACGAGCGCACAAUCUGGCAACAGUGGCUCGCUAUAACCGAUAUUGUGGCCGUGGAUUGAAUGGAGGGGAACUAGCUCAGGUCAAACCUCCCCACCCCCGACUCCGACUCGGGACGCGGCUCCACAAGCCCUCGGGUCCCGUCGGUACCGACCCCACGGCCUCUUUGGCAGGAACCCCCCCACUCUCUCAGGAAGGUUACCCCCACUCUCGUUACGCUGGCAACCAGCUUGCGUUCAGAACUCGUGCUCACGUUAGUAUUUGUGAGUCGGUGGGCUCGUGCGCGUGUCCCUCGUAGCUCUGUAGCAGCGUGUCGCAACUCCCACCACACCGGUAACACCAGCACAAGAGCACAUCAGCACGCAGCAGACCAACAGCACAGGGGACAGACACACGCCGUAGGCAGCGGGUACACACAACGCCGCGUUGGCUUCAACAACCUCUCACUAGACAGUAUUACUUUCAACCGUUUAGCGCGCGCGGCCAAUGCUACCCGGAGAGUACCCCGGUACCUAUUCGUAAACACAAUAGUCAAAUGUUGCCGCUGCCGUCGACGACGACAGUUCGCUGCUGCUGUCGCUCGCAUCGUUGCGUUCCUUGAGAACGCUCGUGAUAUAUUGGGACUGGUUGUGCGACUAUCAGUUAUAAAUACAGAGAGAGAAAAAGAGAGAGAAUAAUUUGAGGUGCGAUUUUGACAUUUGUCCAGAGAGAAGACAUCAUAGAGGUUUUGUCUUGUGGGAGCGAGUACGGACGCGAUAAGGCUCCGGCUAGGCUUAUAUAGUGUUUUUAACACCACCAUACAAGUUUUAGUUAUUGGUGAAUUAACUUAUUGCUGGAUCCUCGGUGACUCGCUCCUUGGGAACUUGUGUUUUCUUCUAUUGUCGUAUGUUAUCCUUGCUUGACGUCAUUCUUAUUUGAUAACUAUGACAAGGUGAUGAAUAAACGUAACCGAAGGCACUGGGAAAUCGAUCGUUUCUCUUACCGUGAUGGAUGAUGACAAUUGACACAGUUAUGGCAGUUGUGUGCUAUGUGACAAGUGCUCUUUACACCCUCAUUGGAUUAUAACAUUAAACCUGUGCUGCGACUUUUGCCAAGGAUAAUGCGACAUCUUAACGAUUACUAAGGACCCCGUUGACCGUCACUGAAUCUACGUUAGGGCUAUCAUCACCAUCUUCUUCCACGCCGGUGUCAACAACAUCAUUAACAACGGCGGCCAUCGGUGUGGGGGUGCAGCCCGUGUUAUCAUCAGGCUACCAUAACACGGUGCCACCCCAUAGUGGGGGUGGUGGUUCGACGCUUAGCGCCGCGGCGAUGGUGGCAGCCGCCACUGCUACGGCCACCGCCACAGCCAGCGUGGUGGCCAUGCAGGACCGCCAAGAUAUCCCCACGCAGUUCAAUCAGAUGCAAAGUCAACAUGGAAUACCCCAUCAAGCAUAUAAUACAGGGUAUGCCCAAAGAGGACCAAUGGCGGGAAUGGGGCCAGUUGGGAUGAGCAAUUUUAAUAGCAUGGGCUCUAUGGGCCCGAUGCACUCUAUGAAUUCUAUGAAUUCGAUGAACAGUAUGAGCAGUAUGAACUCUAUGAAUCCUAUGACCAUGGGAGGCAUGAACGGUAUGAAUGGUAUGAACGGAAUGAAUCCCAUGAACGGUAUGAGUAACAUGGGCAACAUGGUGGGAAUGAACAACAUGAUGGGACCUAAUAACAUGCAGAUGAAUAAAAUGAGCAUUCAGGCACAACCGCAGCAGGGUUAUCCACGAAGAUUAGCACCGUAUCCUAACCCAGCGAUGCAUAUGGCGCAGAAGAGGCAACAAGGUCCUUACGUUGGACCAAAUCCUGCAACGAUGCAGCCUGGAUUCAAUAAUAUGCCAGCCAAUCAAUAUCCUAAUAACUAUCCUGCUGCUAGACCAAACUUUCAACCCCAGUAUCAACCAAUACAGAGUAUGAAUCCUGCUGCAACUGGCUUUGGGCCCAACUCCAUGAUCCGUGGGACAAACAUGAGGCAAACUACUCCGUCCUACAAUGCACCGUCGCAAGCUAGCCAGUAUUACAGUAGCAACGGCGUACCUGUGAGUAUGGGGCCAACCACCGUUGGAAACCAGUUUGUUGGUCACCAGCAGAAUACGGGAUACGGUGGUACGUCGUCGUACGCUGCCACCAGCCAAUAUCAGCAGGAUGUCUCGACAAUGAGAACGGCAGGAGCAGGAAACAUGAGCUACCAGCAUAGUCCUAUUCCUGGUAACCCAACUCCUCCGUUGACUCCCGCCACUAGCAUGCCUCCUUACAUAAGUCCAAAUCCGGACAUUAAACCAAACUUCAAUGAAAUCAAGUCGCCGGUCAAUAUUCAGAAAGACGACGAGUUGAGAUUAACAUUCCCUGUGAGGGAUGGCAUUAUUCUUCCACCCUUCCGUCUAGAGCACAAUUUGGCUGUCAGUAAUCAUGUAUUCCAACUGAAAUCCACGGUCCAUCAGACGUUAAUGUGGCGAUCGGAUCUGGAACUCCAGUUAAAGUGUUUUCAUCAUGAGGACAGACAGAUGAACACCAAUUGGCCAGCAAGCGUCCAAGUAUCUGUCAAUGCGACGCCUCUCGUUAUUGACCGAGGUGAAAACAAAACGUCCCAUAAACCCCUUUAUCUGAAGGACGUAUGUCAACCAGGACGUAAUACCAUCCAGAUCACAGUUGCGACGUGCUGUUGUUCACAUCUAUUCGUCCUUCAAUUAGUCCACCGACCAAGCGUAAGGAGCGUACUGCAAGGAUUAUUGCGUAAGAGGCUGCUCCCAGCAGAGCAUUGUAUAACUAAGAUCAAACGAAACUUUAAUAAUACGAUGUCUAAUAAUGGGAUGCAGACGGAGAAAGACGUAGUGGAGCAAACAGCACUAAAGGUAUCUUUAAAAUGUCCUAUUACCUUCAAACGUAUCACACUGCCAGCACGAGGGCAUGAUUGCAAGCAUAUACAAUGCUUCGACUUAGAAUCGUAUCUGCAGUUAAAUUGUGAACGAGGGUCUUGGAGGUGUCCUGUAUGCACGAAACCUGCCCAAUUGGAAGGUUUAGAAGUUGACCAGUACAUGUGGGGAAUCCUCAACACCACGCUAAAUACGGCAGAAGUGGAAGAGGUGACGAUAGACUCAGCGGCCAAUUGGAAACCCGCUAAGAAUCUAGCCGGCAUCAAGUCCGAGGAAGAGAGCGAUUGCAAGAGAAUGACCAAGGCCAUGUCACCUGGUAGCAUGAACAUGCCGACAAUGAACAAUUGGGAUAUGAACCAGGCGAUGAGUCCAUAUAUACCACCUGAUAUGAACAGCAUCGUUAGUGGAUCUAUGAUGAACAACACACCACCUGCUUAUGGUAACAACAACAUAAACCAUCGAAAUUCCUCCGGAGGAACGUACGACAUCAACUCCGGGACGAACACCAGCGGAAGUACCGAUUAUACCACCGGAGCUGGACCUUUGUCCCAUCUGAACGAUUCCGUUAACUCUCUGGACCCUCUAAAUGCCAUGGAGAAAUCCUUGAACGAUCAGAUGCCGCAUACACCUCACACGCCACACACACCUCACACACCCCAUACGCCUGGCGGAGGGAACAGUGGCCCACCUAGCGUACCUCCGGCUUCCCAAGAAUCCACUGGCAACCAUAACACCUCCGGCAAUACGAGUACAAACAUAAAUAACGAUACGGCGGACAUACCUUCCGACUUGAAUUUCGAUCCAGCGGCCGUAAUCGAUGGGGAAGGCACGGGCCAGGAAGCAUUGAACCUACUGCCGGACAAUGUUGUGGAUCCGAUGGAAUUACUCUCGUAUUUAGAUCCUCCUGAUCUAAACACCCCACCAAGCAGCGGGGCAAGCAGCGGCAACCCAUCAUCGAGCGAUGAUAUACUAGCGCUCUUUGAAUAAAAGCCUGCGGCUAAUUUACCUUGCAAAGGAAUAAUCAAAUUACAGCCCCGAAGUUGGGGUCAAAGUGACCGCCAAGUCAGCAACUUACUGCAAAGCGUUCCUAAUGUAGCGACGAGGAUAUUUGUAGUGAGGGAUCUAAAGGAAAUGAAUGGGGUCACUGUGGGUGCUCUCACCUAAACAAUGGUACAAACAAUCUUAGCUCUAAUUGUAAUAUUCCUAUUGAUGAAGUUAGGGCAUAUUAGAUAUAGAUUAAUGACCUCUAUCGAUGGCACGGCACCAUGUCCUGUUAGUGCUCGCUUGCAAAGACCUAAUGCACGGACAAUAUUUCACUGUCGGAUACGAACGUAUGUCUUUCGCGCGACUCCGGAAGGUCGUCCUCGCAAAAGUUUUUAAUAACGUUUUAUGUAUUCCCUAUGCGGUGUCAAAUAUUCCCUGUGCUAUGGUCUUUAAUUGAAAAACGGUCUACUCGCAUUCAAGGCUAUGACGGACCUACAUCACAAGAAACUAGUACUGUACAGCAUCUUUUUGUAAAUAAGUUUCAAUUAAAAGUAAGUACGGUAAGAUAUUCAUCUGUUGUAAACCACCUUGCUUAUUGAUGGAUAUAGCGCAUAUAGUGUUCCUUUCCUUUAGGAGAUUAAUUAGUGACACGUGGAGACGAUUAAUCUAGGGGCUAUCGGGCUUCACACUGGACAAAUAAAAGCAAGUGCAAGUAAUGAUGUAUCUGCCGAGUUUAGAAGUUUAUGGCACUGGAUUAUUCUUUAUGCCUUGUAUCAUUUUAUCGAUUGAUAAUUAGCGACACGUCACCGAUGACACCUAUUAAAAAAUAAUCCACUGUUUCUUUGGGGUUGAAAAAGUUUCGAAAAAAAAAAGACUAUGAUCUUUGUAAUAUCCUUUACUUUUUAUUUUCUGUACACGCAUCAUCAUAGAUGCUUCUAUUACUAUGUCUCGUACGUCAAUCUAUCAAAAUUACAAUGGUAUACUAUUUUAUAAUGGAACUGAAAUUAAUUGAACCAGUAUUAUUACUGUAUAUUACGUUGACUUUGAUGUAUCAGAAAACAUAAAAAUAUCUCGACACGAUGUCUCGGUAACUUAAGACCUCUGGAGAUACAUCACCAUUUAUUUGGGUAUAUUGAGCUUAUUUUUACAUAUGGAUAGUCCGAAUGCGUGGAUUAUUAUUCUUUUGUACAUUCUUCAAUUAGUAUUAUUCGCAUUUUAAUGAUUACAAAAAUUAUUUAAGUCGGCGUUACGUUGCUCAUUUACGACGCGGCCAUGACUAGUAACUCCUGUUAAACGAUGUGACACGUUCGAAAAGUGAUAAACGAGUUUAACUUAAUUUAAGUUCAAUACCUACGAUGACCUUUGCGCAAACGCGAAUAAUAUAUAAGGAUAUCCGUAUUACAGGAAUGCCUUUUCUGUGAAUCUGGCUAGUCUUAUUGUCGACGUUGGACGAUAUAAUUGCACAGUCACGGAUCUAUUGUUUUGAGUCCUCCCACCGCUGAAAUUACGUGGUACUAGAACUUUUGGGCAUUAGAAAAUAACAACUUUACGGGGACAAUAGGAUAUUGCUUGUCCUGCAUCGAAAGAGCAAUCUAAUUCUGCACGAUCCUACUAGAACCACUAUAAAUUAAAAUGGAUCUUUGUACGCGUUAUUAUUUUCGUUUCUAAACUGAGGCUUCUACGCGAUACUUGAAUGACCAUAAAAAUUUAAUAUGAGCUAAUGAUAAUUGAGUGUACGGGCGCUGUUAUCUAAUUGAAUAUCUGCGACAUUGUUGCAACGAAAAAUAUUAUUUCUAUAUGUGAAAAUAGGCUCGGCAUUGAUAAUUUCGCACAAACAAUUCAGUAAGCUGAUUUUUCGUUUGAUUUAAACGAAAUCAGAUGUGCCUACCUAAAUGAAAAUAAAAAAAAAGAGGAUACUGCCAGAGUGGCACCGCCCACGGCGACUCCCCUUCCCGCUCCCCUUCACCACUCCCCUGCUUGCAUAGUAGUUAUUACAUUUAUAUCUUUUGUGAUUAAAAGAGGAGAUAUACUUAAAGUGAUUCAUGUAGAUUAUACAAAUUUUAUAUAAAAAUGUAUUUAUAUUAUAACGCGCUGUGCUAACGCACGACGAAAAAAUUAGAUGCGGUCAAGUUUCUAUUCAUACAAUUAACUAUAAACAUCAUUGAAGUUAGAUUUUAAUAUUACUUAUAUUAAGUGCGACUAUUGUAUAUUAUUUGUAUAUAUGACAAAUAGAUUAAUAAUAUAAGAAAAGUGGCAGAUACUUAUUGGCCAGUUAUAACAGUAAAAUGAUUAUCUUAAUUAUUUCUCAGAACCAAAACAUACGUGGGGCGUAUGAAAAUACCUUAUCCUAGAAAAUAAAAAAUGUGUAUAUGAUGACUAAAGGAUUGUAACUAGUACACCAGAAACGCUGUACUGUUAAUUCUCUAAUAGUACUAUUAGCUACCUAUUAAAGACCUAACUACCUAAAAAAAGUUUAUUCAAAUUAUAAGCUUUACUUAGGAUUGCCAAGAAGUAGCAUUGCGCAACCUCGUUGCGAGUGUACAUAGGCAAUAUCUACCUAUACCUAUACCUAAUAUUCUAAAGAAAACGUUACAAGGUCUUGGUUUAUAAGAUUCAUUGAGCUUUAUAGUUAACUGGAGAAUCAUAUUCGGACAUUGAUCAGUACAGAACAAAAAAUUUCUGCAAUUCGUGAUAAUUAAGUAAAAUAGUCGCCCCAUUUAUUUUCGUAUUCAUUCAGUACCAUUUAUAUAUGUGCAUUAUCUUUUUUGAUUUGACCAAAUCUUAUUCGAUAAUUAAUAUAUAAGUCAAAUAUAGAGACAUAUAUUUUUCAUGUAACAUGGUCAUUUUGACACACGAUUUCCAUGCUGAAAUAUUGAUUUUGUAAUAAACAAUGUCCUCGUUAACGAACGCAUCGAAGUUAGUUGAAGCAACGUUAUUUUCAAUAAUUCAAAACUACAAUAGGAAUCACCUGGAUGAAGAAGCAUAAUUUAAAAAAUUGUUGACGUACGUAAUACGCCUCACAAUUUUAUUUAUAAAGAUAGGCAUAAUGUUAUUAUAGGAGAGGAUCAUUUUGAACGGAAGAGAAGUACGUGGGAUUAUAUAAAUUGUAUUUAAUUGCGGAUUGAAAGUUAACAAAAUGCGACUAACUUCAGCUUACUUGCGAUACUUCAGUGCUACUCCAGUUUUCUAUAGAUCUCUCUGACGUUAGAGUUAUAUACCUAUCUAUCUAUCGUUAGGUGGCCUAUAAUUUGAUCUUAUUGUGCACCAAGGAACGUUUGACGAUUCAAAACUGUAGAAAUAAUCGCAUAUGGUCCAAAAGUCUGCGUUAUAGUAUGGAUGAGAAUAAUGGUCCUCGUGUAUCUGAAUCGUUAUAACUCCUCUGCCGAGAUAAUGUACACAUAACGCAACAAUAAUGUUAUUGGUUACGUUCACAUGAAAAAUUUUAAUACACAAAGACCAGUUUAUAAUAUUUAUGGCAGACACAACAAUGUUUCCCGAUAACGAUUAGAAACAUUCAAUAAAAAAAUCUUAAAACAUUA